GCAACUCUGGAGAACAUAAAUAAGGAAUGUUUCGGGUCUGGGACACUUCUAGCAACAGUUGCGAUCAAUACUGUUGGAAAGUUAAUCAGGGGCAGCAUGGUGGCGCAGCGAUAAAGUUACUGCCUCACCAUGCCAGAGACCAGGAUUCGAUCCUGACUACGGAUGCUGUCUACAGAGUUUGUACCUUCUCCCUGUGACUGCUUGGGUUUUCACUGGGUGCUCUGGUUUUCUCUCACGCUAAAGACGUGUAGGAUAGUGCUAGUGUACGGGGUGAUCGCUGGUCAGCACAGUAUCGGUGGGCUGAAGGGCCUGUUUCCACGCUGUAUCUCUAAAGUUUAUCUGUAACUGGACGGAAGCUCCUGAUGAGAGUAAAUACCAGUGGGACAGCCGCGCUCUCUGACGUGUUCAAUUCAAUUACCGUUUGUCGCAUCAUCUGUUGCCAUCCAGUUCUGACCAAUCAGAUCGUUCUGUCCGGUGAUGUCACAAAGAAGCGAAGGCAGGGUCCGUGGAAGAUACGCCCACUUCGAACGUCACGUGGUCAGGCGGAUACAUUGAUUGGAGGCUGCAACAUGAGCGAUGCUGGCUGUCUGACCUCGUGAAUAUUUUCUGUAUUGUUUUUACAUUUCAAUGUAAAAAAACAUGUUUCAAGUCGAGGAAAGGGGCGAGGGUGAUGCCACUAAUAUUUCCAGACGGAAACACCGGCCACAGAUCCAUCACUUGGUGCAGCCGCCGAGAGGGUUCCCGAGUCACGUCCGGCAGAAACCAUUCCAGCAAUCCGGCAUCCGCAGAGAAUCUGUGGGAAAGGACCCAAUGUGCUGGAGUAACUCAGCGGGCCAGUACAUCAACACCGGGGAGAAGCCGUUCACUUGCACCGAGUGCGGGAAGGGCUUCUCCCAGUCGUCCAACCUGCUGACGCACCAGCACACCCACACCGGCGAGAGGCCGUUCACAUGCAGCGAGUGCGGCAAGGGCUUCACUCAGUCGUCCAACCUGAUGAGGCACCAGGAAGUCCACACCGGGGAGAGGCCGUACACCUGCACCGAGUGCGGGAGGGGCUUCACCCGCUCCUCCAGCCUGAUGAGGCAUCAGCUGGUCCACACCGGGGAGAGACCCUUCACCUGUUUUGAGUGCGGGAGGGAAUUCGCUCGCUCCUCCAGCCUGAUGAGGCACCAGCAGGUCCACACUGAGGAGGGGCCCUUCAUCUGCACCGACUGCGGGAAGUGCUUCGGCCGGUCGGCCAACCUGCUGACCCACCAGCGGGUCCACACUGGUGAGAAACUGUUCAUCUGCACCCAGUGCGGGAAGGGCUUCACCCAGUCGUCCAACCUGCUGACGCACCAGCACAUCCACACCGGGGAGAGGCCGUUCACCUGCUCCGAGUGCGGGAAGGGAUUCACCCGCUCGUCGGACCUGAUCAUACACCAGCGGAUCCACACCGGGGAGAGGCCGUUCACCUGCACCGAGUGCGGCAAGGGCUUCACCCAGUCGUCCAACCUGCUGAGGCACCAGCGGGUCCACACCGAGGAGAGGCCGUUCACCUGCGGCGACUGCGGGAGAGAGUUCACCCGGUCCUCCCAUCUACUGAGACACAGACGAGUGCACGCUGAAGGGAAUGUUUAACCAUUAGCCGAGACACCAGUGAAUGACUGCCAGUGUUUGAUUCUGCCGUUAUUGCCUCUGUUCAUCACACCCAGGACUGAUCCUUGGUCACUGGGCACAGUCAGGGGUCUGUUUAUGCUGAUGUUAAUCGCCCCUGUAACUGGGCUGGAGUUUACUGUUCUGCAUCUGUCACAUAUAAAUCUUUUAUGGUUGAAA